AUGUCCUCGCUACCGGUGACUCAAGAUGAUUACAAUGCUGCUUCGUUCAAGGCUCCCACACCGAGACAAGUGCUUAGGGUGGCAUUAAAUCUAAAGUUUUUGAUCGAUAAAGUUAUACCAAUUGAUUAUGAUAUUAAUCAAGUUACCUGCCAACACUCUAGAAUUUUAAAUCAUCAAGUUAUUCAAUUGACUAGAGAAGCAUGUGGUGGUAAUCGCAAUGAUAAAGAAAGCUUGAGAAAAUACCAGAGUGUGUUGCUAUUCGCACUUCUAAAAGUAUCUGGUUGGUAUAAUGAAUUAAGUGUUAAGGAAUUGCACAAUACAGAAUUGUACAAGUUACGUUCCAUUGCUGCGCAGCAUCUGUGUAAGAUCAUUAUUGAAUUUGAAGAAAAUGUGGAUUUACAUUACUUGUUUUUGCAAAUGCUAUUGCACCGUUAUUCCAUGAACGAGAAUGAUGUUGAUAGUGAACCGCUCUCUGUUGUGGAAUUGGCUGCUGAUAUGCAUGCAACUAUUGUGAUUGGCUCAAGUGGAUUUCAAAGAUGUAUUUCAUGGUUAUGGAGAGGUUGGAUUAUCCAAGCACCUGACGAACCAACGACAUUUGUUCGUGAUGCAACAAUUUCGUCGAUGUCAUUCAAAGAUCAUUUUAGCCCUGAGAGGAUUAAAACUCCCAAGUACCAAAAUAUCUUGCAAAUUAGCUUUUCCAUUUUGUUUUUGAUUUUGUAUACUUUGGUGGUUAAUGAAAAGGAUUCAACCCAUGUGGAACCAUUUGAUUUAGCGGAAGUUAUUUUUUACUGCUUUACUCUGGGCAAUUUAAUUGACGAAGCUGUUAAAAUCUAUUACAUUGGGUUUGCCUAUUUGGCAUUUUGGAAUGUUUUUAACGAUACGUUAUACACCAUUAUUGGUGUAUCAUUCGUGUUAAGAGUUGUCAGUCUAGGUCUUGUUUCUACCAAGUAUUCUGCCGAAUCCUGGGAUAUGCUCUCUUACAGAAUCCUAUCCUGUGCAGCACCUUUUGUUUGGUCUCGACUAUUACUUUACUUGGAAUCUGUACAAUUUGUGGGUUUGAUGCUGGUGGUCUUGAAAUUUAUGAUGACGGAAUCAAUUGUCUUCUUCGUCAUGUUGCUAUUGAUUAUGAUUGGAUUUUUGCAAGGAUUUAUCGGAUUAGAUGCAUCUGAUGGUAAUAUUGAAAUUGCUGGCCCCAUUAUGAGGAAUUUAGUUAUGACUGUGGUCGGAGCAGGCGGAUUUGAUACUUUCAAAUCAUUUGCACCACCUUAUGCCGCUAUCCUAUGGUACUUCUACUGUUUUAUCGUUACUGUUAUCUUGUUGAACAUCUUAAUUGCCUUGUAUUCCAAUGCCUAUCAAAAGGUCGUUGAAAACGCUUCUGAUGAAUAUAUGGCAUUGAUGUGUGAAAAGACACUGAGGUUCAUCAGAGCUCCUGAUGAAUACGUAUUCGUCCCGCCUUUGAACAUCAUCGAACUCGCAUUAAAACCACUGGAAUACAUUAUAUCUGAGAAAAACUCCGACAGACUCACCCACUUUAUCAUGUGUGCCAUCUACAGUCCAACUUUACUUAUCGUAGCGAUCUUAGAGGUUCGUACCGCUAAGCGUAUUCAGUACAACAGAAUGACUAAACUGCAAGAUGACGCCAACGAAAGCGAUGAAGUUUGGGACUUAACAGAUGGAUUCGUGGAUAACGGUAGUAAUCUUUUCUUUGAUGAGAACAAUGACGGUAUUCAUGACACUAGAGUCAAAAACAGCAGAGCUCUUAAGAAACAAAUAGAAGCCGAAAGAGCUGACCCUCAUUUUCCAGUAUCACCCGAAUGGCAUAAGAAAGUGAAGAAAUCUGUUCAACCGGUGCAAGAAGGUUUCCAAACUGGUGUCGGUUGGGAAUUGUUUGAUCUGUACAAUCAAGCUGAGACUAGGUACAAAAAAUCGGAAAAUAAAGUAGACGAAUUGACACAGGCUGUCAAUGAACUCGUUACACUAGUCAAGGAAUUGAAAAUGAAACAGGAAUAG